AUGCACCUGGCCAAGAACUACAGCGCCAAAGGGUAUCACCGCGCCGAGCUCGACGCGCACCUCCACGGCCAGAUCCUGGACCUGUUCAGGAAGUCGUACGUUCCCGGAUCGCGCCGCGAGGGGCAGGUGGCCCACUACAUCCACGGCGAGCGCGAGAUGUGGCAUAUCGGGAAGCUGGGCCGAAAACUCACCGACCAGCUCCUCAACGAGAUCAGGCGCAAGGUCGCGGAGUGGCUCGACUUGGACACCCGUGACCUGGUGCAGACAUCCUACUACGGGUUUCGGGUCUUCCGGAACGGCUCCGUGAUGGAGCCGCACGUGGAGAGAGUGUCUACCCACGUGUUGACGGCUGCCUACUGCCUGGACGUCAAGCAGGAUCAGGCAGGGCGCGGAGCCUUGGCUCGCUGGCCACGAGGUCGGCAUUGA